UUUCCCCUCCCCGAGGUCCAGAAAUCAUCAUCCACGAACAUUUCAGCACGGCACAAGCAACAGCACAGCGCAGCGCAGCUUCCGCAUUCCCACACCACACCCCGCCAAGGUUAGGCAUUCGUGCAUUGGUGUAGCUGUGGUGUCAUCGCAAAAGCUGAAACGCAAGGCGGUACCAGUUGGGAUCGUAUCCAAGUGCAGCGCAAGCCACCAUCCCGCGUUCAUUUGCACUUGUCUGUCGACAGCCCGUAUCGGCAUUUUGGCCGACGAGGAGCUUGUCUUUCUCCCUCUCCCUUUCUCUCUCUAGUCAGUCGAGGAGAGCUUGACCGUCAGACCAGACUCGUCGGUAUAGCCAGGCUCGUUGCGAACGGCGGCAGCGGCGGCAGCAGCAGCAGCAGCAGCAACGACCCCUCUUCGACCCCUCUCGGCGCUUACAAGCAACCAGGUUCCGGUCGGUGCUGAUCCCGCCGCCGAGUCAGCACGCACAAAAUGCCGGCCAUGUUGGAUGAUCCGGCGAGCCCCACCAUUUACCGUGUCUCCGGAGCGCCCCCGUAUCCAGACCCGAACAAGCCGGAGUUGCCGGUCGACAUCGUCCCGCGUCAAGUGACACUCCGAGAUCGCCAAACGAUCGCUACCAUCAUCCCGUUUGCUUCGCAACAUGAGGUGCCUCAAUCCCUCGUGCGCUAUCUUAGCGACCAGCUCAACAAGGAAAUUGAGGGGGGCGACACGUACCCGAUGAUGGACCCCAUGCCUGCCGACAAGUUCGGUGCCUACUGGUUCCAGAACUUCGGCGCCGUUAUGCUCCUCGGCAACAUCGAGCGUACCGACCUCGCCAAUGACAUGGACUGGUCCCGGGAGUGUCUGGGCAGUUUCUACAUCAAGCCCAACUACCCUGGCCGUAGUAGCCACGUUUGCAACGCCGGCUUCCUUGUCACCGACGCCUCGCGCAACCGCGGCGUGGGCCGGCUGAUGGGUGAAUGUUACAUCGACUGGGCGCCCAAGCUUGGAUACACGUACUCCGUCUUCAACCUCGUCUACGAGACCAACGUCGCCUCGUGCAAGAUCUGGGACGCUUUGGGCUUCAAACGCAUCGGCCGCGUCAAGGGCUGCGGCAAUCUCAAGUCGCACCCAGGCCAGCUCAUCGACGCCAUUAUCUACGGGCGCGAUCUCAUCCCCGGCGAAUCCGAGGAACUCGUGAGUGAAGAGCGUUUCGACAAGAUCAAGUUCUACCUCAAGUACGGCAAGUAUCCGGCCGGGGCUGACCGCGCCGAGAAAAGCAGGCUUCGGAGCGCCGCCACCCACUAUAAGCUGCUUGACGGCGACCGUUUGAUGCUCAAGGACAAGGAGGUCGUCUCCGACCCGCGCCGUCAGUACGAGAUCGCCCGCGAGGUCCACGUCGCCCAGCACGGCGGCAUCAACAAGACGACGGCCACCAUUGCCGAGAAGUAUCACUGGAGCCGCAUCAAGGAGACAGUGAGCGACGUCAUCAGGAAUUGUGCCGAGUGCAAAGAGCUCGGAAAGAUGCCUGCUCCUGGGGGAAACGGCGGCGCGAGGGGGAGGGCGGCUGCGGCUGCCGCCGCUGCCGCUACUUCCUCAACGACCAACACCCCUACUUCCAUCUCACUUACUUCACUUUCAAAUCCCUCAUUUACAAAUACUUCUGCAUCAACACCGCCCCCCUCGACCGCAGACGUCAGCACUACAAAUCGUAUCCUCGCCCUACAACAUCACCACUUGCCUCCCCUCUCCUCGCCGCGAUCAUCACCGUACGCCGAAGUCUCAUCGAUACCGCCGUCGCACACUCUCCGUGACCCCUCUGCCUCUCCGCUGCCCCGUCAUCCUCACCACAACCCCAUGUUACAAGACGAAUCCUUUCAGCCCAUCGACCCGCAAAUUAUCGGUCCACCGCCGACGUCGCACGACGAUCCGUACAACCAUUACCACCCGCACCAUACUGACUUCCAGGCGCUGCUCAACGCGACUGAGGCGGAGGAGGCGGCCGAGGAAGAGGCGGCGGCCGUGGCUCGUGACUUGGACAUGCUGAUCGACCAGGACGACGACGACGACGACGACGGAGGAAGGGAGGACAGGGAUGAGUCGAUGGAGGAGAGAGAGGGAAAGGAUAAGGACGUGUACUCUAUAGGAUUCAUCAACGGAUAAGAGUGAGGUUUUGCCUGUCUGGCUACUUGGCGUUUUGGGCUUAUGGGUCGGGGGCGGCAAUAUCGUUCUUGUUUUCUUGGGUUUGUUUUUCUUAGACCUUUACACAACGGGCAGGCAUGUCAGCAUUGCUAAGAGUAACUACACACAGAACCUGUUUUUCUUCUUCUUCUUCUUCUUCUUCUUCUCCCAAGCUGCU